GUUAUUAAAAUUAUUAUACUCUCGUCAUGUUGUUUGUGUGAUAAAGGCAAUCUAAAUAUGAAUUACGCCAGUGAUAAUCCAGAGCAGACUAUGCAGAAUGGUAUCCAUCCUGGGGCAAUUCAGCCGUCUGGUCGUGCUAUAUAUGAACAAAGAAAAUUAUAUGGGAAACAGUCUGCAAACGUUGAAGAAAUAUCACAAUACAACGUUGAGCAUUUGACAACAUUUGCUGUGGAGAGAAAAGAUGGAUUAUUGACAGCUGAUGAUGGAAUAAGAAAACUUAAGUUGCUUGAUGCUCGAGGCAAAAUAUGGGCUCAGGAGGCUUUGAUGCAAGUUGACGGGAAGGCUGUCAAACUAUUCGAUCAACAGUCUCAAGAUGAACUAGAACAUUUUCCUCUCAAUUCGAUACAACACGUUCAAGCUAUCACCUAUGGAGCAGAACCCUAUGCUGUCUUAGCAUUGAUUGUGAAAGAUAUAGACCAGAAAAUUCCAGACAUGCAUCUUUUUCACUGCCCUAAUGUUCCACCUGACAUUGUCGUAUCUGAUAUUGAAAGUGCUCUCGCUGAUUGUAAGGACAAAAAGGGAAGAAAAAUUCGACCCGAGACUUUAAAACGAGCACGCGAAAGAGUCGAAGCUUCAGUCAUUCCGCCACCACCUUUAAAUCCACCUCCCGCUCCUCCCAUGAAAGAAGGAAAUGUCAGAGAAAGAAUACAGUCAUGGGAUAAUAUCGGCCACAUUAAUGACAUCACAACUCCAGGACCAGAUUACAAUGCAGAGGAAUCAUCUGAAACUAUCUUGCAGAGAGUCAAUCGAGACGUUCAAAUCCUAAAUCACACACUUGACGAUGUCGAACUGUUUGUCGCAAAAUUACAGAAGUCUGCACAAGCUUUAAAAGAGCUUCAUUACAGAAAGGGAAACAAAAAAUCAAACAAAUCGAAAAAGAAAAUGGCAGGAGAGGGAAUGUUGACACUACGUUCCAAACUCCCUCCCCAUCAAAAGUUCAUCGACUGUUUCCGCAAAUAUAAGCUGGCUUUUAAUUUGCUCGCAAAGCUCAAAGCUCACAUUCAAAAUCCAAAUGCUAUCGAAAUAAUCCAUUUUCUAUUCUCUCCUCUUCAAAUGUGUAUUCAAGCCUGUGGCGGAUAUGACAUCCCCAGAUCUGUUGAAAGUCCGCUCCUAACAAAGGACGGCAUCGAUCUUCUUCAUAAUUGUCUUACAACACAGGAAGCCGAAGUCUGGAGAAAUCUCGGAGAUUUUUGGACAAAAUCAAGGCUUGAGUUUCCAAAAGAACACUACUUCCCUCCAUAUGUACCGACUUUCAGUUCUGGUUGGGUUCCACCGCUACUUUCAAAUGAUCCUGGCAAAGAUCAUACUGAAUUAGCAGCCACCAUUGCAGAACAGGCAAGCAGAGUUAAUAGAGCAGAAGAGGCAAGAAGGGCAUCAGAUGUGAACAAUGCAAGUGCAGACGCCUUCAGACAGCAUGUUGAACAGCAUGUAGUGAGAAACCAGGCUCUUAACAACGCAUUACCUAUGAGUGCUGUCAUGUCUCCACAGAAAACAAAAAUGUGCAGAUCUAUGUUUGAUUUCACUGGACGAAACAAAAAUGAAUUGAGUGUCGCUCAAGAUGAAUUAUUAGAAAUUCUUCAAGAUGAUAAAAGUUGGUGGAAAGUUAGAAAUAAACAAGGUAAUAUUGGAUAUGUACCUGGAAAUCAAGUGGUUGUGAUCUCCCAUAAGGCCACGUCAUCUUCAAGUUCUGAUCCACCGAUGAAUGGAGGGCCAGCAUAUACCAAAUCAUCCCCACCCAUGUCUCCCACUCCAUUACCACCUCUUCCUCCUCCUCCACCACCACCACCACCAUUUAUACCAGUUGCUCCUCCACCACCAAAAAUUGUUCCAGUUGCAGUUACCCCAAUAAGGAGAGAAAACAGACCUCCAGUGAUCAAUGUUAAUGGAAAUAAUAACAAUGGUGGACUGAAAAAUGAUCCAAUUUACUCACAAACAAAGAAGCCGGUACCUAAAAGUAUAAGCAUGGAUAAACUUCGUGAAGAGUUGAAAGGUCGUGUCAAUACGCAGCAAGCGCAGUCUCGGAACUUCAGUAUACCUAAGAAAAGCGCUUCUUCUGCAUCGUUGAAAUUGACUGAAAAAUCGACCCAAACAGAAGUUAUGCGAUGGCUGGAAUCUCGUGGAUUUAGCCAGUUAACAAUCAACAGUCUUGGUGUAUUGACUGGUGCUCAAAUCUUCACUCUCACCAAAGAGGAAAUCAAAAUGGUUUGUGAAGAUGAUGGAGCCAGAGUCUACAGUCAAUUACAAGUUCAAAAAUCUAUAGUAAAAGACCAACAGAAAGGUGAUGACGAACUUGCUGCCAUUCUUAAUAUGAGGAAAAAACUAAAUGAACAAGCAUUGGAGCCUUAGAAACCAUUCCAGAAUGAAAAGUGUAUAAAAUACUGCUUAUGACUAGCACUUUAUUAACAAGUUCAGCUCUUCAAGAAAACUCGCAGAGGGAAUUUGGGAUUAUUCUAUCAUUUAAACUGGGCUUGUCAAAAAAAUUUUGGAACAAAAAAAGUCAAUUUUCUAUACUUUUAUUGAAAUCAAAACGAUUUUCAAGGGAAAAAUUUGAAAUACUUUAUGGGUGUGGUUUUUCAUCAAUUUUCCAUUAGAAUAUCUUCAAAAAUGUCAUGAUUUCAUUACAUAAUACCUUAUUUUAAAUUAUUGAUAGUUUGCUGUAUACUCUCUAGUGACUAAUUGCAGCGAUGUAUCAAAUGUCAUUGUACUAUACUUUCUCUUUUUAUUUUGAUGGAUCAUUAUUGUUAUUAUUCCUAAUUCUUUUUUACUAUUAAUUCCUAACACUUUUCCUAUCGUACUUAAUAUUGAUUUUCUAUUAGCAUGCAAUCUCAUUUAAAAUUUAAUGCUUUAGGUUUAUGUGUAGAUCACUGUAGUUUGAGCAACUUUCUUUUUUCUUCGUACUAUUAAAAUUAUUUUUUUUUGCAAAAUCUUGAAUAGGUGUUACAAUAAUGGUACAAGUUGGUAAUAUAUGCUCAUCCAUGGCAAUUGUAUAAUUCAGGGCUACUCAACUAUUUUUACCUAAGGUCCGCAUACAAAACUUCAAAAAUAUUUGGGUCCGGACUUUCCAGAAAUUAUAUCUCGGCAUCUUUAAACAUGCAAUUCCUCUGCCGACUAAUGAUUAUUAGCUAAUAAAGAUUGUUCGUUAUGGCAUUAUAGUUCUUUUCAUAUAUAUUUUUGAAUCUAUGAAAGUGGUUUAUAAAGAAAAUUUCAAAGUGGGGUUAAUGAUUCAAAAUGAAUAAUUAUGCGCGGUCCGAAUCGAAUACCGGAAAGGUCUGAAUUCGGACCGCGGUCCGCCAGUUGAGUAGCCCUGGUAUAUUUCAUCAUGCUUAUUCAUAUAACUGUGCUUUGCUUAUCAUUUUGUCUGGUUAGUUUGAAUCAAGUAUUCUAAUAUUUUAGUCUAUUUUUAUAGCACAAGUAUAUGUUUGAUCUAACAGUAUCCAUAAACUUGUGUUAGACAACCUAUUCUAAUACAAUGAGUGGAAUAUGAAUCAAACUGCUCCGACGCUUACCGAACUAAAAUCACAAACACUAUGGGGCCCAAAAAAAACCCUCGAAAAUCAACAUAAAAUCCCUUAAUCAAAUUCUCUGACUAAACUUAAGUAGUCUAAAAUUUUGUAUCCCUAAUAAUAAAAAUUCUUAUCUUUAGUACCGGAGUACUACUAUGAGUUUUAUACAAUCAAAAUAGCAUCAGUCUUUAAAUCUUACAGUUCUGUAAUCAGCUCUAUUAUUCUGCAUAUUGGGGACUCUAGUUUCAAUGAUCAUGUUCCAACCUGUUUCACAAGUGAUAGUUGUUCAUUUAUUUUUUCAUCGUGAAUUAGUCCAUCCUUUUUCAUCAUUAAACCCUUAUUGUGCUCUUAUAUUUACUUUUUUAUUCAAUUUUAGGUAUUCAGUUUUCAAACAGUUUUUAAUAUUGGUACUAUCACAUUAAGGUGCUUGUUUAAAUGCUACAACACAAUACAAAACGAUUAAUCUAGUACAGUUAUACAUGGUGCCUAUGAAUUGAGAUUUCCAUAUUAUUAGACGUUGAAACAGAACCAUUAAAAAAGGAAUGUUAGUAUGCUAUUAUUACACUAAAUAAAAAUAUGCACUGGUAAAUGUUGAAUUAAAAUGUUUUUUCAAUGUAAUGUAUUCAAAUCUUGUUUAGUAGUUUACAGUUUACACCCAAUUCAUGCAUCGGUCAAAGGUUAAUCAUGCAUUUAUGGCAUGUUUCAUCUGAUCAUGAAUGGAAUGGGAAGAGUUGUUAUACGUAACCAUAAUUUUACUGUACACAUUAAGACGCAAGUUUCGAUUGUUUUUUGUAUGUUCUUGUUUAAUAAAUCACAACUCCAACCACAACAACUAAAAUGUAUAAGUUGUAUUGUGAUAUCUUAUCAAUCUGUCAAUUCAUGUUAGUCUCCUAUUCAUUUUAAGAUAUAUUGGUCCUUUAAAAUGUAAUUUCUCCCUUGAUAAAAAUGAACUUGACAAUAUAAAAUGCAUGUCACAUAGUCUUAAUUAAUGGUAAAUGGUGGAUGCUAUCCCGAAAUUGAAGUUUGGAAUUGAAUGCUUUAAUUACUUUUACUUCUAUUCUUCUAAUUUGGCAUCAUUUUUCAUUCGCUUAAAUUAUCAUUAUUUAUUUCAACAUUGGUGAAUAGGUAGCUAGAUUGGUGGUACACAAUAUUUGGAAUAUAUGUGUGAAAAACUUGUAUUUGUCGACAACUCAUUUAGCACACUUUUUGAUUAUGGAAGAAAUUGGGCUUUUCUAUUAUGUAUUCUUAGAAUAAAUAACCAUUAUUUUUUUUCAAAAUACCCCAAAGCAUAUAUUGUUAAUAUGGACUCCAAAGUUGUUUGUAUUUGCUGCAAUAUGUAAUUUUUUAGACGCAACAAUCUUGUUUGUUUGGUUGUUCCCACUGUAGAUUAGCUUUAUGUAAUUAAUUUUGUCUCAUAUUUGUAAGUGUUCUCUAUCAUCAAAGUGUGCUUGUGUGGAUACUGCUUCUUUUAAUCGAUUAUAAAUUACGAUUUGACAUGAAAAAA